AUGCUGUUUGAGGACAUGGGCAUGGGCUUCUGUAGCGAUCCCGACUUCUUCUCCUCCCCUUGCCCCAUCUUGCCAGCUGGCCCAGAUCCCGAGCCCGACCCGGCCGCUGAUGAUGACUACACGGAUGACGAAAUCGACGUCAACGAGCUCGAGCGGCGGAUGUGGCGGGACAAAAUGCUCUACAAGCGGCUCAAGGAGAGCAGCAACAAGGCAAAAGAGAGUGUAUCCGGGCCUGGGCCUGACUCAGCCAAGCAGAGGCAGUCCCAGGAGCAGGCCCGCCGCAAGAAGAUGUCGCGGGCCCAAGACGGAAUCCUCAAGUACAUGCUCAAGAUGAUGGAGGUCUGCAAGGCCCAAGGCUUCGUCUACGGCAUAAUCCCCGAAAAAGGCAAGCCCGUGAGCGGAGCCUCCGACAACCUCCGCGAGUGGUGGAAGGAUCGCGUCCGGUUCGACCGAAACGGGCCCGCCGCCAUCUCCAAGUACCACUCCACCCGUGAGGGCCCGGUUCCUGUUUCGGGCCCAACUCCCCACACCUUGCAGGAUCUUCAAGACACGACUCUCGGCUCUCUCCUGUCUGCCCUCAUGCAGCACUGCAACCCUCCCCAGCGUCGGUUCCCUCUCGAAAAACGGGUCCCGCCUCCUUGGUGGCCGACGGGGAAGGAAGAGUGGUGGCGCCAGCUAGGCGGGCCGCCGCCGCCUUACAAGAAGCCGCACGACUUGAAGAAGGCGUGGAAGGUCGCAGUCCUGACAGCUGUCAUCAAGCACAUGUCGCCGGAUGUAGCGAAGAUCCGUAAGCUCGUGCGCCAGUCCAAGUGUCUUCAGGAUAAGAUGACUGCGAAAGAGAGUGCCACCUGGCUUGCUAUAGUUAAUCAGGAGGAGGCCUUGGCUCGUGAGCUUUACCCGGACCAGUGUUUGCCUGGAGAAGGGAGUGGCUCGUUCGGCCCUGAUGAUGUCUCGGAGUACGAUGUCGAUGUGGAAGAAGACCAGAAGCCGGCAGCCUCACUUGGGUUAUUGAAUAUUGGGAAGAGAAAGCCCGUACAUGAGUUGAGCUCUGUUUUUAUUGACAACAAGAUUUACAAGCAUAGUUCCUCUUUCGGGGUUUCGAGUUUUAACGUGAGCGAGAUGAAGCCCGUCGUUUUUCCUCAGUCUUUUGUUGUCCAGCCGAAGGCUGCUGUUCGCAGUUCACAUUCGUCUAAUAUAAAUGGCAUUGGGGUCCCGGAGGACGGGCGGAAGAUGAUCGACGACCUUAUGUCCUGUUAUGAUACUAAUUAUUCCAAGCGAAAUAAGAGUUCAAACGAUGGGAAAAUUGGAAUUUGUGUAAAGGAGCAACUGCCGAUGGUUUUGGUGGACAACAACAUAUUUGACGACAACAGUUGUAAUAUGGGUGGUAAUAACAAUCACUCGAUUAUCCACCCUGAAAAUGGGUUUGACCAGUGUAAGGCCGUGAAUCCACCGUUCAGUCUCGGGCAAAGUGAGAAUUUCCAGUUUGUGUUUGGUUCGCCAUUCAAUAUGCCGUCAGUUGAUUUUGCCGAGGGGUUUAAUGGAAUUACAAAGGGUAAUAACCUGGCGAGGCAGGAUGUUAGGACCUGUUUAAAAGGAGUAGAAAGGGCCCAGGGGCAUGACUAA